ACAGCAGAAUGUGGCGGACGGGUGGCAUGUUAUUACUCGCGACGCUGUGCUUCGGGCAUCCGGCACAAGACACACAACACUCCGACAACGACAUAGAACUCAGCGACUGCUUACGGAAGGAGUCGACGUCAUGCCUCAAAUACAAAUUCUUCUCGUACGUCGACAAGAUGAUCGGGCAGAAAGACAACUUCGCUUUAACCGAGGGCGUGACUGUCGUCAAAACUUCAGAUGUGAGGGAGACAGGAGCACCACGAUCCCUGGAUCCAAUAUCAAGACUGAAAAGCUAUUUCGAUACCCAUUCGUUAAGAGUUGAAGUGAAAGGUGCCGAUGUUAUCGACGCGGUUUCGAGUGCGGGACGAGCUUUGGAGGAUACUGUGUCGUCGUUCGUCGAAGAUAAUGAAGUCAGUGAGGAGGGAAGAGGGAAGAAAAAGAAGGCGGCGAAGAUCCUCGGGCCUCUGAUGGCGGCGCUGGCGUUGAAGAUGAUGGCGCUGAUGCCCCUGGCAAUAGGAGCGAUCGCUCUCAUAGCCGGAAAGGCGUUAUUAAUAGGCAAGUUAGCGUUGGUGUUGUCGGCAAUAAUUGGAUUGAAGAAGUUAUUAUCUCAACAAAAGCACGUGACGUAUGAGGUAGUCGCUCAUCCGCAUCAUACAUCAAGUCACACGUCGAGCCAUGAUUACGGCGGCACGAGUGGCUACGGGUCCGACUCUGGAGGCUACAGCAGCAGUGGCGGCGGCGGCGGUGGGCACAGCAGCGGCUGGGGCAGAUCGUUAGAAGCGCAAAACCUUGCAUACAAUGCACAAAAACCUCAAUAACUGACGACCCGCAUCUCCAACAUUUUCUCUUCGUUUUAAGUAUUUAUUAAAAUCGCGAGUGGAACAUUGUUCGACUGAGUUAACUUAAGUUAUUUAUUGAAGCCAUCUUUGUUUUUGUUAGUCAGACAUAAGGCACAUAUUGUAUGUAUAUUUUGUAUAUAUUUAGUCUUAGUAUAUUUAUAGAGUACCUGGCUUUAAUGUUUCGUAAGUGUAUAGAUUUUAUUUAUUACGAUUGCACGAAUUAUAGUUUAUUUCUACUUUAUAUAUGUAAUAUUAAAUAUCUACUUUAUUAUAUUCGUUUGCAAUGAACUCGACAAAGAUUCUUUACGGUUAUUAUAAUAUGAAACCAU